AAAAGUUAUUGCUGAUUCAGCUGUCUUGCUGACCUACACAGUCUCAAAGUACAAUGACCACCCUCUACUAAAGAUGUAGACUGGCUACGGUCGCAAUGGAAUUCACACACAGUAGGAAAAGAAAGCAGCAGUAUAGGCCACACUCUAAUCCAGACAACAGAGAUAAGAGGGCGGCCAUUAUUGAUGACUUUGACCGAGGUCUGAAAACCCCACCCUCCCGGUCUACUCCUGGCCAUGAAGUAACAGUCAUUGAGGAUGACGAACCAGAUCAAAGUGAUCAUGGUGCAAGGAUAAGCAGUGGAACAAUGUACGACCAGCACAAAACUCCAGGAGAGUAUAAAAGUAGUAGUUUCAAGAUACCCAAAAAGAAAUUGCACGAUCUAACUUUCGGCCACGAUCAGUCUAACGAAACUACCAAUGUUGGAAUUCAACCCAUGCCCCCUAAAUCAAAUGUUGUAGAUGUAAUAAACAGAGCCAAGUCUAUGAAAUCAAGAACUACUACAACUUCAAAAACUGGCUCUACUAUUCCUGAUUUUCUUACACUAGCGAAAACGCCUUAUACAAAGAACAAAAUUUCUAACUCCAUGGAAAGUUCUUUACCUGCUCCGAAGAAGAAAAGACCAUUUAGAACCAAUCCAAUACGUUCAGAAUCACCAACUGAAACUACUCAAAUUACAAAUUUUGACUCUCAAAAAAGCAUGCUUUGGAAUGACACCUGCAUAGGACUAGAAGAUCCCAAUUCCAGUUUUGAUACCAAACCCAAUUCUGACUGUGUUCGUGAUUCGAGAAAAUCGUGGGCUAGUAUUUCACCAGAUAGGGAUGAUGACAUUGCUUCAAAUACUUCUUCUGAAGAGGUAGAUGCGGGCGAGAUUUUUAAACGCCCUGUUGAUAAAAAGCAAGUAUUGCCUAAAGACAAAACUACCGAUAAAGCUGCGACUAAUGACGUAGUAACUAUUCAUUCAGAUGAUGAUGAUGAUAAUGAUGUUAAAGCAACGACUAGCUCAAAUUUCAAGUCACCUUUGCCAAAUCGCUUCCUCCCUCCAAAAGCACCCCCCAAGAACACCAAUGACAAUACUGACAAGUUUAAUAAACUUUUAUCCACAACUAAUUCAGUUCUCAAAACUUGCUCGGAAAAGCCUACAUCUACAGCAGAUUCGACAAAUGCUUCCAGCACUCAUAGAAAUGUAUUUGCCAAGAGUCAAGCGGCCUCCAAAGGGAAGUGUAGUAUUCAAGUCACUCCCACGUUUCUAUCUAAAGAGCAAUUAGCAAUGGCGACGACCCAUGCACUCCCCAGUACGGGAAAAGCUAGGGAUAUUCUGUCCAUUACAGACUCUCCUGUUUUAUCAAAAGUCGAGUUCAGUUUUGAAGUGGAUGAUGAGAAGGUUGCAAGGACUUCCACUAGUUCAGCAGCAGGGACCAGGAAACCAUUGACUACCUCAAGAGCAGCUGAGCUUCCCUCUGAUUUGGCCAGGCGUCCUCUAAAGAGACCAACACAGUCAGCGGCAACCCCAGGCAGCUUCUAUAGCAGUAAUGGCAGUCCCUCCAAUCAGCUGUUCUCACAGUUUAGGUCUCGAGCGUGGGGUACUGGUUCCUCCAGGAUGAGCUCUGUACGUGGUAACAGUGCCAACCAAGUCAUGGCCACCUAUGGAAUAAAGAAGCCCCUCAAACUGAAGCGCCCCCUGCCUUCACCAUGCUCUGUCGAUGUGGAUGAUGAGGAGUCCCUCCCUCUGUCAGUGCAGUGUGUGCAGAUAGGUCGACUAGAGCUCGACAAAGUGCUGCACGUUGAGCUGAGAAAUGACGUACUGUGUAUGAAGCUGGACUAUGAGGGCCGGACAGAGACUGUUCAAGUUUCCCUUCCUGCGUGCUUUGUUUGGCAGCUUCACCUUGGGGAAGAGCCUUAUAUCGUCUACAUCAAUGUAAAGUCACCAGAGGCUAAGAAAAUAGCGGAGACCCUCUCCAAGAAGUACCACCUGGACUCUGACUUCUUCAACCCUUUAAGCAGUAACAUCUCUGAACAGUGCAUCAUGCUCAGACUGGAGGAGAGGCCAUUACCACAUCUGAUCAGCUCUAUUAUAGAGUUCCUAACCAAGAUGAAUGUGUCCGUGGAUCAAAAUCUAGGCACUGUUGAGGCAAAGAAACUGCUGAAUGAUAUCAAGCCAUUAAAACCAUCCAGGAGUCACGGCAGACCACUCUCCAACGAUGAUGUCAAAUCACUUGUGCCUAGUUUGAAUGUGCGUAGAUCUCAGAGGAGCAGGAAAGCCCCUGUGAGGAUGGACCCCUCCUCUCCCAUCACUCUAGUGGAGUCUAUUGUUGUACACAACAAGCCCAAUGUCAGACUGCUGGCGUACAAUGUGCCAGCUGGUAGCAAGGUCAACAUAGAGGUCUCCACUCACGAUGUGGACACACUCGCCCCGGGGGAAUACAUCAACGAUAAGGUCGUGGACUUCUACCUCAGGUACAUGUGGUAUGAGCGGUUGGCUGAGAGGCUGCGGUCCAAAGUGCACAUCUUUAGCUCCUUCUUCCACACUCGACUAAAGGAUGCCUCCAGAGACAACAAAGAACUCAAGUGUCUCCAGACCCCCGAGAGACAGCAUAACCGUGUCAAGACGUGGACUAGACGAGUGGACUUGUUUGACAAGGAGUACAUUGUGCUGCCAGUUUGUGACAGGGCCCACUGGUUUGUGGCGUUUGUGUACAAGGCUGGGGAGUUUGAUCCUGUGAGAGAGCUGGCCACACGAGAGGCAAAGGCAGCAAAGAAAAACAAGAAAAAACCUUUAAAAAAGAAACCGGACACACCCCUGGACAUGCUCUGUAAGGCUCUGUUCAGUGUGGACCCUCAGGAGCAGCUGGCAGCAGUGCGGAGGUUUAGACACAUACUCUCACAGUUGAACAAUCCACCGAUUGAGGAGGUCAUUAGGUUGGGCUGUCUCCCAAAGUUUGUAGAGUUUCUCCACUGUUCAACCAGUCCGUUUCUACAGUUUGAGGCUGCCUGGGUCAUCACAAACAUUUCAUCUGGCUCCACCCUACAAACACGUACGGUCAUUGAGGCCGGAGCCAUCCCACCUCUUGUGCAGCUGCUCCUCUCACAGCACGACUACAUACGGGAACAGGCUGUAUGGGCACUAGGCAACAUAGCUGGAGACAGUGCUGAGUACAGAGACAUCACUCUAUCAUUUGGUAUAAUGGAGCCUCUUCUGUUAUUACUACAAGACCCUACCCUCAAGGUGGCUGUGAUGAGAAACGCCACUUGGACUCUCUCUAACCUUUGUCGGGGGAAGAGUCCACCACCGGACCUAGGGGCAGUGCAACUGUCCAUUCCAGUGCUGGCUAAACUACUCCACUCUGAGGAUAUGGAGGUUCUCUGUAACUGCGCUUGGUCUGUCGCGUUCAUUGGUGAUGGUCCUAACGAUCGUAUCCAGCGUAUAGUGGAUGGUGGUUUAUGUCGACGUCUGGUGGAGCUGUUGUUCUUCCCUGAUAAGAAAGUGUUAGCCCCUGCCCUACGAGCCGUGGGUAACAUCCUCACAGGGGACGACCGUCAGACACAGCUGCUGCUCAACUGCUCAGUUCUGCCUGCACUACAACAUCUCCUGAGCAGUCGCUUCGAGGGAGUCAAGAAGGAGGCGUGUUGGGCUCUAUCCAACGUCACCGCCGGCAACAGAGUGCAGAUACAGACUGUGAUUGACUGCAACAUAUUCCCGCUACUAAUCGAGGUGCUCAGCUCGGGGGUGGACUACAAGACGAGGAAGGAGGCUGCGUGGGCGGUACUCAACGCCACACAGGGGGGAACAGCCGAGCAGAUCAGAUACUUGGUGGACGUUGGUUGCGUAAAGCCGCUGUGUGAUCUGCUGACAGUGCAAGAUCCUCGUAUGGUCAUGAUCACUCUGGAGGGACUGGAGAAUAUACUCAAGAUAGGACAACAGGACGCUGUGAAGAAUGUCAACCCUUUUGCCCUCAUGGUGGAGGAGGCCUAUGGCCUGGACAAGAUCGAGCACUUGCAGCAGCACAGCAGUGAACAAGUGUACAAGAUUGCACUGAGAAUUAUUGACAAGUAUUUCGGUGAUGACCAGGACCAAGUGGACUUACAGCUGGCCCCAAACCCUGCCAAGGACGGAGAACAAUAUAUGUUUAAUACCAACACACAAUUGCCUGAGGGCGGUUUCCAAUUCUAAAACUCAAUCUGUAAUCACUUUUCAUGAUGUAUGUAUGUAUGUAUGCAGUUAUUUGUCUAUUUUGUUACAUUACUUUGUCAAUUUAAAAUGAAUUUGUUGACUCUGCUAA